ACGCCACAUCAGUCGUUCUGCACUCUCCGCUGCGAGCAUACGCGCCCAAACGCGCACGCGUCACCUCUCUCCCGUAUAGAUCGCGAUCGUAAAACAAAUAAUAAACUUAUCUCGAGAGUAUAGUACACAAAUAUGCGGGCUUAAUAAACACAAACAACGAUGUCGUUCUGCAGAAUUACAGGCCGCAGCAGGGGGCUGCCGAAGCCCAACUAUUUCCCACUUCUCGCUCCGAUCUCGCCAGCUGAUGCAAAGCGUUGCUGCAGGAUAACCGGCAAAUCUUACGGGUUGCCAUCACACCACUACAUUCCAGUACUGCUCACCGCCAGAUCAGGAAAAACGAAAUGCAAGAUUACAAACGUCUCAGGUGAACUAGGACCCCAUCAUUAUGCUCCCGAAAUAAAUUAUGGGAAUAGGAAACACGAAAUGUUACCUGACUACAGGUAUAUAUUCCCAGUAUUGGACGGCUCGACGGAAGCUCAGAAGGCUUUAAUGGAAAUGUUGUUGACAAAACAAGUGACUGAUGAUAAGCGAUAUGUAUAUACGGUUCAAGAAAGAAUGUGCAGUUUAGUUUUUUCCGCUCGAAUGGAAGCGGCAGUGCGUGAUGGGGAUGUUCGAGACGUCAUGCUUGCGAAGGAUUCGGAUACAGUGCUAAUUAAAACAAAACAGGGUCGUAGUGUUUCAAUGGAUUUCAAGGACUUUACCGAAGACGUAGAAAUAUAUGAAGGUGAAGGACCCAAUGCCGAAGUAUUAAAACAGAGAGAAAUAGAAGAAUUAGAAGAAAGAAAGAAGAAAAGGAAACGGGCUGCAGGCCUUUCUUCAAUGAAAAAAAUAUUUGAAAACAAAGAAAAACUGGCAGAAGUUCAGGAAUUGGAAGAGGAAAAAUUGCGUCAAGAACGCGUAGCAAAAAAAGCUAAAUUAGAAGAAUACAGACAUGAGAAAAGUGACAUAAAAAGUUUUCAUUCCAGUAAUUUUGAUUUAAGCCAUAUGCGCUCUAAGUCCAGUAUUAUUAUGUGUAAUGGAGAAUGGAAGGAUCAAAUUCAUCCACUUAUUGAAUCAUGGGAUUGGGAAGAUUUUGAAAAGGAAAAACAUAUUAAUGAAAAAAAUAUAAUACCAAAAUCAACAAUAUUACCCACACCCCUAAAAAUAACGCCCCAUCAUUGUGAUUCAGAAAUUUAUGAAGUUAAUCACAAUAUUAGUGACAUUUCGGUAUCAUUAGAAAAUGUGCCUUGCGUGAAUCCCUUAAAACCGAUAAAGACACGGCCUGCUGAAGCAAUUUUGAAUGCUGUUAAAGAAUUACCCAACGAACGCUUAACUGAGACAUCACAUGUUUUUGAGAAAUUAACUGAAGAUAAUAAAGUUGAACUGCUCCCCACAAUGGAAAACUUACCCGAUAUCGUAAAAAAUAUAAAGAAAGGUAAAAGAGAAAAAAUAUCUAAAGUUUCUGGUUUGACAUUGGACAUAAACAAAGCAAAAAAAUUCAUACCGGGUCAACAUAUCAACACUCCGCAAGGCCCUGUUUUUGUGCCAGGACAAACAGUAGAAACUCCUGUAGGACCUGUAUUUGUACCAGGUUUAAGUGUAAAUACUCCUGUGGGUCCAGGACUUAUUCCAGGUCAUAUUGUAACAAAUGAAAACACAAACGAACCAUUAUUCCUCGCAGGACAACUUUUACAAACAUCAAAUGGCGAAGAAUUUGUUUGUGGACAAACAAUCAAAAACAAAGAUGAUUCAUAUCGCUUCACUGAAGGUCAGACAGUUCUCACUGAAGAAGGCAUGAAGUUUGUUCCUGGAAAAAUAAUAUCUAAUGGUUCUGAAGAAACUUUUGUACCUGGGCAAACUAUUUUAACCCCAGAAGGUGUACAAUUUAUUCCAGGUCAAACAAUAACAAAAGGGAAUGAUAUGACUUUCACUCCUGGACAAAACGCAAAAAUAAAUAAUGAAUGGCAGUUUGUACCAGGCCAAGUGAUUAAUGAAGACGAUGAGUUGCAUUUUGUACCUGGUGCUACAUUAGCUACACCAAAUGGUUUAAAAUUUGUGCCGGGGCAAACAGUGGCAAUUAAUGGAGAAACAUGCUUCAUACCCGGAAUAACGAAAACCAAUAGCAACAAUAAAUUAGAGUUUAUUCCUGGGACGACAGUAGAUACUAUUGAUGGACCAAAAUUCAUAGAAGGACAAAUAGUGCAAACUGAAUUAGGAGAAAAGUUUAUGCCGGGAAAAACUGUCGUUCAAGCUAACGGACAUGUAGAAUUUUCUGUAGCCAAAACAGUUGAAGAUAUAACUUUUUCAGAAGGCACCCACAUGGGAUUGCCAAUCGAUAUCAAAACAUGUUCAUUAUCUGAAGAGUCUUUGUAUGUUUUUGGUCAUAUGGUACAAACUACAAAAAGUAUUGAAUUUUACCCCGGUCCCAGGACACCUAAAAUAGAAGGCAAAAUUGUUCCUGGAAGACUUGUUAAAAAUGAAGCAAAUGAGUCGAGAUUUGUUCCUGGAAUGAUGGUAGAGGGUAUUUUUGUACCCGGUCAAAUAGUAUUUACUGAAAAUGGAGAACAGUUUGUUCCAGGUCAAGUUGUUGAUACUGCCGAUGGACCUAAGUUUGUACCUGGUCAGGUAGUAAAUACAAGAAAUGGGCCAAAAUUUGUUCCAGGCCAAACUAUACAUACAAUUGAUGGUCCACGUUUUGUUCCCGGACAAAUUAUAGAAACAAAGGCUGGACCUACAUUCAUACCUGGUCAAGUUAUAUCUACAGAAGAUGAAGGCUCUAGAUUUGUACCUGGUCAAGUAGUGGAUACUGAAGAAGGUCCUAGAUUUGUUCCUGGAAGAGUUAUAGAGACAGACGAUCAUGGUGUUACUUUUGUUCCUGGUCAGAUAGUUCAGACUCCUGAAGGAUUAAAAUUUGUUGCUCCUGAUCUCAUAGAAGGUGAAGAAGGAUUAGAGUUUUCAGUUCAAAGUUUCGUUGUAACACCUGAAGAACUUAAACUGUUGAAAGUGAAAACUAAUCCAAACGACACAACGUCUACUAAAGGGGAACUGACUAUUGAUACAAAUAUGCUCAGACAACUUUCUGAGGCUGGUAUGUCUAUUGGUAGACAGGUACCAGCUGAAUUACCUGCGAUUAAUGUGAUUUUAAAUGAAACUAGAAAUAAAGAAGCAUUGAAAGCAUUUGUUACGGACUUUGGUUUAAAAGAUGAUGUCGCGAACCAAUUAAUGGAUGUUAUUACAUCUAUAAUAGAAAUGAGUGUACAUUUGAAAUCAGAAAUACAUGAAAACUGCAAAAAUAAUGAAAACCAUAGUGAGACGAAGAAAAGUAAGACUAUCAAAAAGCGCAUGGAAAUUGAAACAGGGCAUACAGGAGAAAAUGGACAAACAGCCCAUGAAGAACAUGUUAAAAAUUCUAUAGCUGCAGCUGUACUGGCUGCUUUAGUUACUGCUGAACAAUUUGAAGAAGUCAAUAAUAAUAAUAGCAAAGAGAAAUAUCAAUUAAUAUUGAAAUCGAUUGAUACUAUUUUGGGUAAAGCCAUUGACAAAGAUUUCGUAACAGCUAUGUACAAAAUUCUACAACGCGAGGAAGAUAAAGAAAUUCUUUGCGAAGAGAUUUUAGAAAAUACAACCCAACCUAAAGUUGAAUUAAUAAAAAUUGCUGUUAACACCACAAAACAUUCCUUUACUGAAGAAGAUAUUAUUGAAAAAUUCAGCGACUUUUUAACUAGUGAGAAUGAAGUAUUGGGACCAGCUUUCAGAAAUAUAGCUAACACCGAUACAAAUCUUCUUCGUCACGUGUUGAGUCAUAUAUCAGAUUCAAUUUCUUUUGUUAAAACUGAUCAUGAAGUAAGAGAAACUUUACAAAAGGCAAUUGUAUCUGCAGUUCAUGAAUCAAGCACUAAAGAGCUGGAAUUAUUAUUACAUGAAAAUAAUAGUGAAAAUUUAAAAGAACUGAUUGUACAAUCAGUUGGUCUUGCUAAAAUUCUUGGAAUGAGAAAUGUAGCUGCCAAUUUAUUAAUGGUUAUAAACAAUAAAGAAAGUUUAUCAAAAAUUGCAACAGAUGAUACAAGCCUAAAUAUUUUGAAAAGGUUGACAGUUAUGCGUAAAUUGGCAGAAAAAACACCGAGUUUACAUUCUGCUCUUCGUAAGUUAGAGACAGAUCCAGAAUUGGCUCGAACAGAUCCUAAACUUAGAGAUUUAGUCCGUGAAAGUGCCGCUCUUAUGAUAGUACCAGAAGAGCCUCCGCUGAUGACAUCUGACGACGUUCCAUUAAGUUUACUCGCCCCAGAAAAUAGUCUUGCUAUGGAGGACUUUUUAUUCCAACGCAGAAAGCAUCCCGCUGGCGCAUUAUUAAUAAUGAAAAAAGGUUUACAAGCUGUUGUUCCUCGCGAAGCCAGUCGUGCAGUAUUGACUGGUCAAGUAGCAUACACAGUUCUCGACGAAACUGGAAUACGACAUUUCGAGCCGCUGCAUGUAUUUUCCGCUCUAAAUCUUAGUCAACCAACAGCCCAUCGCUUUUCAAUGUACAGUUGUCCUGUUGUAGAUGACAACGAUGAAGACCUACAGUCAUUUACAGGAUAUUGCAAUAUUAAUAAUGCUCAGAGAAUAACUAAAUUUGGUGGAUGGAGUCGAAGAUAUAAUGGAGUUUUAUUGGACAGAGAAAAUACUAGAAGUAGAAUAAGUAGCUUCGAAACUACACCAAGUUAUAAACGAUAUUCAUCGCGGUCUUUAUCAAGAUCUAGGUCAAGUUGUAGCAGGAGUCCUCCGAAGGUAGAGGACGUAGUAGUCGCAUCGGCAGACUACACUGCCGUUGCAGAUGACGAAGUGUCACUCAAAGCGGGCGACAUUGUUGAGGUUCUCGAUACCAAAGCUGCUCUAGGAGCCAAGGUGUCCCGGACAGACCCCGAGCUGGACCUGGGAGACGCCCAACUCCUGGACGCCUCGGCCGCGAAACACAAACGAGCCGUACGACCGAAGAAGAAUCACCCCAGAGGGAAGUCGAAUGGACUUAAAAACGAUGGAGAGAGAUGGCUGGUGCGCGUUGUGGAAGAUGUGAGUGGGGGGGAGUUACGCACGCGGCAGGGCCUGGUGCCGGCCGGCGUGCUGCACGAGAAGAAGACGGCAGAACAGGGGCAGACGGAGCUGGCUGCCAGAAGACAAGCGGUGGUACGAGAGCUAGUGGAGACGGAGGAGGAGUUCGGCCGUGACAUGCAGCAGGUGGUGUCUAGGUACAUGCGGCCCAUGGACAAGGCUCGCACACCCAAGCCCGUGUUCGACAACAGGGAACUGUUGUUCUCCAACUUCAGACAGAUCGCGGAGUUUCACAAUACAACUCUGCUGGAGGGCAUAAAGUACUAUGCUGGUGAGCCGCGCAUGCUCGGCCGAGCACUACUGCGUAUGGAACGAGAGUUCGACAAACAUGUCGCGUACUGCCGUGACGAGCCACUCGCCCAACAUUUGCUCGCCACCGAUCCUGUUGUCAACAAAUAUUUCCAAGCCCUUGCUGACAAACUCGGUGACGACAAAGGAAUUACCGAACAUCUCAAACUACCCAUCCAAAGGAUUAACGACUACCAACUACUAUUGAAGGAAUUAGUGAAGUACUCGAAAAGAAUCGGCGAAGACUGCACUGAUCUCCAAAAGGCAUUAGAACUCUUCCUGUCGGUCCCGAAUCGAGCCACCGACAACAAGUUCAUCGCUAGCAUCGAAGGCUAUCGAGGGAACAUCUAUAAGCUCGGCCGACUCCUCACUCACGACUGGUUCACAGUCACUGACGCUGAGGGCAAGUCCAAGGAGAGAUAUCUCUUCCUCUUCAAAGCAAGGAUCCUCAUCUGCAAAGUCAAGAAGGUCUCGGACGAUAGAUCCGUUUUCGUUCUCAAGGAUAUCAUCAAACUACCAGAGGCCGAGGUCAAGGACUAUCCAGGUGAUCGGUUAAGGUUUGAGAUACAUCAGAAAUCACCGCCACAGUUCAUUACUCUCGCCGCACACAAGGAGCAAGUGAAGACCGCUUGGUUAGCGGAGAUCGGACAGCACGUCAGUGAUACCGUUGCAUUAGCUGAACACGCAGCUGACGAUCUACAAGUACUCUCGUCAUCACAAAUAACAUCACCUGAACCACCUGAGGUAAACAAAAAGAAGAGAGAACGUACAGAAGACAUACAAGAAGUUCAAGAAAAAAGAAGUCGGACAGAAGAAGUUACCAAAGCUUCUGUACAAACAGAAACAGGACAAACGGUUCAAAAAAAGCGAACCCGAGUAGAAGAAGUUGAAGUUACUGAGGUAACUACUGGACAGGAAAUCCAAGAAAAACGCGCACGUGUUGAUGAAGUGCAGGUAACAACACAAACAGAAAAGUCAUCAUCACAAGCAAAAUCGCAGCAGCAGAUACAACAAACAAGAUCUCAAGUUGAAGAAAUACAGAUUACUGAAGUAGCUGAGGAGACCAAGCAAAAGAAUCAAGAAAUAAAUAAAAAGGAAGCUUCCAAACAAAUAUUAUCGGCACAAGAAACUCAAGACAACCAACUACGAGCUGAAGUGGCUGAAAAUCUAAAAGUAGAUAAAACUUAUGAAGUUACUUUAGAAACUGAAACAAAAAGUCAGGUAUCUGUAGAAACAGAAUCACAACAGUCGCAGAAAAAAAUUGCAGACAACAAUCAAGGUAUAAAAGUAACUCAAAUUGAACAUCAAAUCGAAGAAUCUCGUAUCACUAAAGUUUCUGUAGAAACUGACUCUGAUCAGUUAAAAGAACAAAGCUGUAUUGAACAUGUUCAGGUUACUGUAGAAUCUGAACAGAAAGACUCAGCUCGAAAAGAAAAUAUAUCAAAAGCCCAAGAAGGUGUAAUUAAUCAAAGCACACUUUCAAAUGAAAGUCAACAAGAUCAAAACAAUCGAUCUCUAGUUACUACAAAAGUUAACGAAGAAAUUAAACAAAUCAAAACAGAAGUUACACAAGAUAAAGAAUCAAACCUUGAAUCAAAAACAACAGAUCUACACUCUAAAGUACAAAAGGAACAAGUAACAAAAGUAGAAUCAGAAGUUGAAACCAAAGACGUCACUGAAAAGAAACAAACAGAAGUUGAUCAAUUAACAGUACAAACUGAAAAUAAAGAAACUAUAGACAGAGUUUCUAAACAAGUAAAUAGCGACAUCUAUAACGUUUCCACUAGAGAAGAAUCAUUGGAACAAUUAAAAGCUAAAAGAAAGGCUUCUUUGGAAUCCACAGUUGCAAACAAAAUCUCAAAGUCUGAAUUAACUGAAGUUUCAUCAAGCAACGAAGUACAUAAUUCUACAAAAUCUCAAUCAGAAUUAAAUCAACAAUCAGUAUUUAAAACAACUAUUUCUACUGAAGUAGAAGAAUCAAUAGGAUCUGAAACAAGUAAAGAAGAACUAAAACUAGAAGAUAAGUCAAAUACUAGCGCAACUGGCGCUCAAUCUGCAGAAACAGUUUCAAUUAGCAGUCAAGCUGUAACCAAGGGGGAAACUGUUGAAGACGAGAUGUCAAGAUAUAGUCGUAGUUCUCGACUCUCCGGAGAGUACACCAGUAGUAGUCGAAGCGGCCGCUAUGAAUCAUCUUCAUAUGAUAGUACUGGUGUUUCAUCUUACUCACGUCGAGAGAGCGGAUCACGCAUAGAAAGUGGAAAGUACGAAACCGGGGGAUCUCUCGAGGGAAGCGCCACUUCUCGUUACGAGUCUAAAUAUUCAAGCUCGAGGUUAGAAGGGUCUGGCUACGGAAUUGAAUCGAGUACUGAGUCUAAGUAUGAUACAGCCAGUAAGAUCGAUAGCAUCGCCUCGAAAUAUGGUAUAGAAUCUAGCUAUGACAGCGCUAGUAAAAUUGAUAGUAUUGCAUCGAAAUAUGGCGUUGAAUCUAAGUAUGAUAGUACUAAAGUUGAAGGUCGAUCAUCUAAAUAUAGUCUCGAUGCAAGUAUCGAUAGUGAAAAAAUUGAAGGACUCUUGUCUAAAACCGAGUCGAAGUACUCGAGAACUGACAGCGAAUCUGCUUAUGAAAACAAAUAUUUCAAAAGUGCUAUUGCCAACGGAUCAAUCAGUACUGGAGAAUAUGAGUCAGUUAAAUCUGUAUUGAAUUCCGAAUCACAAGAUGGAAAACCAGUAUUCUCAAAAACUCUGGAAGGCCAAAAUAUUGAGCCGGGUGAGAAAGCCACAUUUGAAUGCUCUCUCCGCGAGUCUUCAGAGUCGGUCAAAGUGACAUGGCUAAAAGAUAACAAGCCCUUAACUGACCGUCUUAUGGAUCGAGUGAAUAUAUCGUCUAAAAACGACGGUAACCACAAACUAGAAGUACAGCAUUGCCGUGAAGAUGAUUCUGGUAUUUAUACCGCCAUCGCUGAAAAUGUGAAAGGAACAUCCCAUUGUACCGCCCAGUUAGUCGUCUACGAGCUCACUCCGGAAGAGAGGAAAGCGAAAAAUGCUUUAAACGCUCCUUACUUUUUGGUUGCACUGAAAGAUACAGAAAUAUUGCAAAAUACCUACCUUCGCUUCAUGGUGAAGGUCAAGGGAGAUCCCAAUCCAGAAGUGAAAUUCUAUCGUAACGACAAGGAGAUCGUGUCGUCGGAGGGCGAGCGCGUAACGAUCGUGCGAACCCUCGCGGACCGCGGCUGCUACGAGCUGGUGAUCGCGGACGUUGUCCCGAGCGACGCCGGCCGAUAUUCGUGCCGCGCGAUCAACAUAUACGGCGAAGUCGUGUCCGAAGCAUUUGUUACCGUUGUUGAUGACAAGAACAUCUUCUUCGAGCUGCCCCCUGGCGGUGAAGGCUUACUGGCUAAGGGUGAGAAACCUUCCUUCACCUGGAAGAGAGAUGGGCAACCCUUCGACCCUGAAGAGAGAUUCAAGGUACUGCUUGGCGACGAUGAAGAUUCGUUGGCGCUGGUUUUCCAACACGUGAAGCCAGAGGACGCUGGUCUAUACACUUGUGUUGCUAAGACCUCCACCGGCAAUAUCUCGUGCUCUGCUGAACUCACUGUGCAAGGCGCUGUGAAUGAGCUCCACCGGGAGCCGGAGAAACCGACGCUGGUUAUCGAACACCGCGAGGCGAUCGUGUCGGCCGGCGGCUCCGCUAUGCUCGAGCUGCAGUGCAAGGGCUUCCCCAAGCCUAGCGUGCUCUUCAAGCACGACGGGAAGGUCAUCGAGGCCGACACCAGGCACAAAUUCCUCUACGAGGAUGACGAAAGUAUGUCGCUGGUGAUCAAGAAUGUGUCGGCUGCUGACGCCGGCACCUACCACGUGACUGCCACCAACGAGCUCGGCGAGGACACCACCACCAUGGAGCUUGUCGUCAAGGCCGCGCCCAAGAUCAGGAAGAAGAUCGAAAACCAGUCGUGCAUGGCGGGUUCCACCCACACAGUGACCAUAGAGAUCGACGGUACACCCGCGCCCGACGUGACGUUCUACAAGGACGGGGUGGAGAUCAAGAGCUCGGAGCGAGUACAGAUCGUCAAGGAGUCCAACGAGGUCUACAAGAUUAUUAUCAAGGACGCCAAGCUCACCGACACCGGCUCCUAUUCUAUUGUAGCCAAGAACGAGGUGAACCAGUGCUCGGACUUCUGGCAGUGGCACGUGACGUCACCGCCGCGCAUCACCAAGAAGCUCGGCGAGACCAAAGUCUGCGAAGAGAAGGAGACCGUCACCUUUAAGAUCGAGACCGAAGCAGAGCCUGCACCCACUGUUAAAUGGUAUAAGAACAAGACGGAACUGGUGGAAUCGUCCGCGGUGAAGAUCUCGUCAUCAGGCGCGGCCCAUUCGCUCGUCAUCACGUCGGCCGCGCGCGCUGACGCCGGCGAGUACUCCUGCGAGAUCCGCAACCCGCACGGUACAGCAGAGGACACGUGCCGUCUGCAGGUACGGGGCGCACCGCAGUUCACGCAGCGGCUGCGUGACCUCACUGCCAGCGAAGGCGAUGUCAACGUCGAGUUCACUGUGGCCGUCGAAGCCUACCCCGAGCCUGCUGUCAAGUGGUACCUGGGUGACGUGGAGAUAACAGAGAAGAAGUCGGUGUUCACCCGCGUGGACAGCGGCAGCACCCACAAGUUGAUCCUCAAAGAGGUGUCCGCGGAGUACUCCGGGAAAUACACGUGCAAGGUGUCCAAUGAACUUGGCGCUGACUCCUGCGAAGCCACUUUCACUGUCAACAGGAAACCUCGCAUCACCAAGAGUCUGGUAGAUAUGACCGUGGAUGCUGGCCAGACGCUGAAACUGGAUGUCGAGGUGGAAGGUUGUCCUGAACCGAAAGUCAAGUGGUAUAAAGACGGUAAAGAACUCACUACUGAUGCUAGAAUCAAGAUAGAACGAGAUACACAAAGAUUGGAGAACUAUCACCUAACAGUGACGCUGGUGAAAGAAGAAGAUGGUGGAGAGUACGAAGUGCGAGCUUCUAACGAGAUGGGCAGCGUUUCAUCUAAGAGCACUGUCACCGUACACACCAAAGAAAUACAUUCGAGAUUGUCAAAAGAAACUGUAAUCGAAAAUGAACUCGAAGACGAUAGUAAAGCGAAACAACAGCCAUUAGAAGAGGAGGUGGAUGCUGGAAAAAAACAUACUGCAAAGAAAGGAAAAACUGAACCAUUGAUAGCUGAAGAAAAAUCUAUAUGGGAUGAUGUAGAUGAUGAAGGAAAACAGAAGAAACCUAUUGUUGAAGAAGUUGAUACUCCGGCAAGUAGAAAGGGCAGAAAGUCGGUUACUGAACCAGAAAUUGCUGAAGAGAAGUCAAUUUGGGAUGAAAAUCACGAUGAACAGAGUAGAAAAAUCCUGAUAGAAGAAGUAGAGGCUGAAAAACAAACAGGUGAAAAGGGGAUCACAGAACCGGAGAUAAUUGAAGAGAUUUCUAUUGAAGAAAAUUUGAAGUCGCCAAAACGUAAAUCUGUCAAAAAACAUUCUGUCCAAGAAGAACCAUUGAGUGCUGAAAUUGAAGGCCGAGUUUUCGAAACAGUAACUACGUUCAAGACGGGCGAAGACGGGUCUAUAAUAAUGUCUAAAGUAAGCAGCACUCGGUCACAUGACGCUAUAAUUACAGGUCCAGCCGAAACGCGCACUUUACACAAAAUGAAAUCAACCGCUGUUUAUUAUGAUGACGAUUAUAAUGGUAGAAAACUUAUUCAGCCCACUAAACCACACACAACUUCGUUAGAAGUUGAAGAAAUAGCCAGUCACAGCUAUUUCUUGUCCGAAUUGGGUCUAUGUAGUAUACCUGAUCAUAUUCGACGAGGUACUUAUGGAAUAAUCGAAGAACCGCAGACAGACUCUGAAGCCGAAAACAGCUCAAGACAUGGAAAAAAUCAUACCAAUAGAUCGGUUUCAAUAAUGUCAGUGUCUGAAGACGAGACAAGUUGGCAAAACGAAACACUAUCACGAGAAAUAUCCAUAGAAGAUCUUUCAAAAUCUAUCUUCGAUAUAGAUGAAAGUAGAAAAGUUUUUAGCAAAGACUCUUAUGUCCGACAAUCGUCAUUUAAAGAGGAUUACUUCACAGACGAGGGCGAAGAAGAAUCAUUUGUAUUAAAAGAAAAAACACAAAAAAUAUACGAAAAUGACAUAACAGAAAAACUGAUACACAUUUCAAAGGAAUUUGAUGAAAACGAAAUCAGAAACGUCGAAAAUAAAACACAUGAUAUUAAAAAUCGUAUUAUAGAGGAACUUCUACUUGGACCUACGAAAAUACCCGAUAACAUAACGAAAAACGUAACAGAAACGACCACCGAGAGGAAGAAAAAGCAUAAACUGAUUUGCGUGGAGGAGGAAGCAGAUGACGAUGUAGAGGAGCUGUUAAGACGAAGUCAAAGGCAAAGAAGCAUUCUUGAUGAAAUUCUGAAUGAGGAAGAUGAAAAAGCACCCCCCACAAUCAAAGACAGCAGCAUGAAAGACGGACACGUGUACGAAUCUCUUCCCCUCGUGUACACUGUGCAAGCCAUCGGCAGCCCGAAGCCUACGGUCCGCUGGCUGCACAACGGCAAGGAAGUGACGCCGUGCAAGCGCGUGCACAUAUCCAACGACGGCGAUGUCUACCGGCUGGUGAUCGACAGCGUCAACUUGGAUGACGCGGGCAAGUGGCAAUGCGAGGUCACUAACAAUUUGGGCACUAAGAUGCAACAAGCUGACUUGUCUGUUUCUCCUGUAAGCGAGUACCGGAAGCCAAUCUUCACGAGCCCGCUGGAGGCGCAGCGCGUGAUGCAGCGCGAGCCGGUGACAAUGAAAGCGGUGUGCACGGCCGACCCCCUGCCGCACGUCGCCUGGCUGCUCAACGGCAAAGAGAUCACGCCUGAUGCCACCGUCCUAACUAGCGCCGACUCUAAAGACUUGGAGCAUGGUCUUAAAGAGUGCACCUUCACUCUGCAUAUACCCACAGGUCGUCACGCGGACACCGGCGUGUACACGAUCCAAGCGAAGAAUCAGUACGGAGUGGGCGAGAGUUCCGCGCGGCUGGACAUCUUACUUCGACCUGAGAUCGAGGGACUUAAGGAUAUCACCGCAGUACCUUACGAGGAGACCACCUUUGUCACCAACAUACGGGCCAACCCUAUCGCUGAAGUCAAAUGGAGCAAAGACGGUUACACGAUCCAGCCAUCGUCUCGGUACGAUAUUGUAGAAGACAAGGCCAACGAAAGUUACCGGCUGGUCGUGAAGAAGGUCGGCGUGGACGACGCCGGGGUGUAUACGGUCACCGCUACCAACGAGAUCGGAGAGACCACACAGCAGGCCAGGCUCACUGUACAUACUGGAGAGCCGAUAUUCACUAAGCCGCUGCAGGACGAAACGGUGAAGGAUCAGGAGGACGUGACGCUACGUGUGCGCUGCGACGGUGUCCCCAAGCCGGAAGUUGCCUGGUACCGCGACGGGCAGCAAGUGGUCAACGACGACCGUCACACUGUCACCACGACCGUCGGCGGACAGGUGGACAGCGAGCUCGAGAUCAAGCGCUUCGACGCCAGCGAUGCUGGAAAGUACCGUGUGGAGGCAGUGAGCCUGGCGGGCUCGGCGUCAUGUGAGGCGAAGGUGUCGCUGGGGCGAGGGGCGCCAGGGUUCGCGCACAAGUUGCCGCGCCAGCACGACGUGGACGAGGGCGAGCCUCUCGAACUCAAGACCAAGCUGGACGGCAGCCCCAUACCCACCGCCAAGUGGUACAAGGACGGCGUAGAACUACCAGCGGACGAUGCCCGCGUGAAGCAGACUGCGUUGCCGGACGGCACCGUGCGGCUCAGCAUCGAACACGUGACGCCGGCCGACUGCGGCGCCUACAAGCUCGUCAUAUCCAACCCGCACGGGGAGAACUCCGCCCUCUGCGCCGUCGCCGUCAACCCAACCCCAAGGAAACCAUCGUUCAGUAAAGAGUUGGAAGACACGAAGGCAGUGGUUGGACAGCCGCUGAAACUGGAGGCCAGGGUGAUGGCGUUCCCUGCGCCGGAAAUUAAGUGGUUCAAAGAUGGUCUGCCAGUGCGUCCGUCGCAAGCGAUCAACUUCAUCAACCAGCCAGGCGGCGUGAUCGGGCUUAGCAUUGACAGCUGCAAGCCGGAGGACGCGGGCGUCUAUUCGCUCACCGUCACCAAUAAGCUUGGCGAGGUGGCAUCCAAAGCCAAGGCGGAGGUACAACAGAAGGAUCGUAAACCGGCGUUCAUCGCGGAGCUGCAGCCAACCAAGGUGAUCGAGGGCUUCCCCGCCAAGCUGGAGAUCAAGGUGCUCGGGCACCCGCAGCCCACUAUCAAAUGGACCCACAACGGCGUAGAGGUGGUGCCGGACGGACAACGUGUCCGCAUAGUUUCGCAGCCGGACGGUACGCACGCACUGUUACUGGACCGCGCGACGGCCGCGGACGGCGGACAGUACGCCGCGGUCGCCGUCAACGACUGCGGCGAGACCGCCAGCAACGCCGUCCUCACCAUUGCCAGUCGCGAUGACGACUCCUCGCCGCAAGAGCGGCCGCAGCUGGUGCACGGGCUACGGGAUAUGUCGGAAGAGGAGGGCCAGCCUCUCACGGUGUCGGCGCCCUUCCGCGGCAACCCCAUUCCGGAGGUCACCUGGACCAAGGACGGGAAGCCGCUACUGCCCAGCGACCGCGUGCUGCUCACUUGUGACGGGAAGAGGGUGGGCCUGGAGAUCAACCCGCUGGAGAUGUCGGACGCGGGCGUGUACGGCAUGCAGCUGACGAGCCCGCUAGGCGAGGACAGCUCUGAGGGCAAGUUGACGGUGCGCAAGGUCUUCCAGCCGCCCAGCUUCACGCAGCGGUUCAGCGAUCUGCAGCAGCUACCAACAUUCGACGCGAAAUUCCCGGCGCGUGUAAGCGGCAUCCCGUCACCGGAGAUCACGUGGUCGAAGGACGGGUCGCCGCUGCGGGAAAGCGACAAAUACCACAUGAAGCGAGACGGCGACGCGUGCUGCCUGUACGUGCGUGACGUCACGGCCGCGGACGCUGGCCUCUAUGCCUGCCGUGCCAUCAACCGAGAGGGGGAGGCCUCGUGCCAAGCCACCCUCGAGGUCGUCGAUAAAAUUGCUAAAAAGCAGAAAAUGGAGCCACCGUCCUUCCUGAAGAAGAUCGGUGAUACGGAAGUGUACCGCGGCAUGAGCGCCAAGUUCACCGCCUGCGCCACUGGCACUCCCGACCCUGACGUUGAAUGGUUCCGCAACGAUGAGAAGCUGUUCCCGUGCGAACGCAUCCGCAUGGACAAGGAGACGACGGGGCUGCUGCGGCUGACCAUCAGCGGCAUCGACCCGAGCGACGUGGGCACCUACCGCUGCAGGAUAUACAACCCGCACGGCGAGGAGUCCUGCACUGCGCAGCUCACAUACGACAGUUUGGAACCGCAAAGCAACAGGCGACCUCUAGCAGACCAGUAUUCAGAUUUCGACAAAAUGAAAAAGACCGGCGUACCGAUGCCUCUCGCGGACAAACCGAUCAUCUCCCGGAUGACUGACCGUCAUUUGACGCUUUCUUGGAAACCUUCCAUCCCGCACGGACCCAGGUUCCCCGUCACAUAUCAGGUGGAGAUGUGCGAGCUACCAGACGGCGACUGGUUCACAGCGAGGCGUGGACUACGAUCCUGCGUGUGCGACGUUCGCAACCUACAGCCAUUCCGCGACUACCGGUUCCGCGUGCGUGUAGAAAAUCAGUUCGGAGUCAGUGACCCCUCACCGUACGCGGUCACGCAGCGCUCCCGCCUCGAGCCGCCGCCCCCACGAUUCGUGCCGUACCUGGAACCCGGCAUCGACUUCCGGCCUGACACUUCGCCCUACUUCCCCAAGGACUUCGACCUGGAGCGUCCCCCGAUCGACGGCCACGCGCAAGCCCCACGCUUCCUCCGCCAGGAACAGGAUGCCCAGUACGGCGUAAAAGGACACAAUGUCAGCCUCUUUUGGUUCGUUUACGGGUACCCUAAACCCAAGAUGACGUAUUUCUUCAACGAUGAGCCGAUAGAGAUUGGCGGCCGUUAUGAUUGGAGUUACACAAGAAAUGGACAAGCGACGUUGUUUAUUAAUAAGAUGUUGGAUCGCGAUGCCGGGUGGUACGAAGCAGUAGCGACCAACGAGCAUGGACAAGCUCGCCAACGUGUCCGGCUCGAGCUGGCCGAGUACCCCACAUUCAUCCGGCGGCCCGAGGAGACCGUGGUACUGCAGCGACGCAACGGCCGGCUCGAGGCCAGGGUUACCGGAGUGCCCUACCCUGACAUCAAGUGGUACAAGGACUGGCAACCUCUCGCACCUAGUGCCAGGAUUAAGAUCCAGUUCAUUGAGCCGGACACGACGGUGCUGGUGAUCCAUGAUGCUAUCUUGAAGGACGAGGGCCUGUACUCUGUAUCAGCUCGUAACGUGGCCGGCUCGGUCAGUUCCUCAGCCAUGCUGCACGUAGAGGAGGAUGAACACCAGUACUCCGAUAGGAUCCGUGAGCACCCGCCGCGCGUGAAGCCAAGCACGAAGCCGUUCGGCGACUACUACGAUCUGGGCGACGAGCUCGGCCGCGGCGUGCAGGGCGUCGUCUACCACGCCGCCGAGAGGCUCACUGGUCGCAACUACGCCGCGAAGAUAAUGCACGGCCAUUCAGAACUGAAACCGUUCAUGAAGAACGAGCUGGAGAUUAUGAACCUGCUGAACGAUCGGCAUCUGAUCCGCCUGCACGACGCGUACGAGCACGAGCACACGCUGGCGCUGGUCACCGAGCUGGCUGCUGGAGGAGAGCUGGUCCGGGACCGCCUCCUCCGCAGCCAGGGCUACACCGAGCGGGAGAUCGCUGGGUACAUAAGGCAGCUGCUCAGGGGACUCAAGUACAUGCACGACAACAGCGUCGCGCAUCUUGGUCUCACGAUCGGCGAGCUGCUCUUAUCACACGUGGGCAGCGACGAACUGAAGAUCUGCGACUUCGGACUCUCGCGUCGCAUACAAUUCAACAAGCACGCGGCACUCGACUAUGGCAUGCCGGAGUUCGUGGCGCCUGAGGUGGCCAGCGGGGAAGGCGUCUCGUACGGUGCUGACAUGUGGAGCGUAGGCAUCAUCACAUACAUCCUUCUCAGCGGACACUCGCCCUUCCGAGGGGUUAACGACAGGGAGACCCUCACCAGGAUCAGGGAAGGAAGGUGGGAGUGGCACGACGAAGAGUGGUGGUCGCGCCUCAGCACCGAAUCCCGGGACUUUAUCUCCAAGCUACUGGUGUUCAACUGGCACGAGCGUAUGGACGUGAACACAGCACUGUCGCACCCGUGGCUAACGUUCGCCGACAAGAUCUACCAGGAGGAGUACCAGAUCACCACCGACAGGCUCAGGAACUAUUAUAAUUUGUACAGAGACUGGACAGGCAACGCGCAGUGCCGCACGUGGUUCCGCCGGCGGCCGUUGAGCGGCGCUUUCGACCACCCCUCCAAGAUGGUGUACCCGCCCGGCGAGAUCUACACGCCAGAAGGGUCCCCGGAACGAUCCCGCGAGCGCAGUACUGGCGCACUGGACCUCAAGUUCAAACAGUGGGAGCACCCUGACUGGGAGGUCUCCGCCAAGUCUGAGAGCCAUUACCAGAACGGCCCAGACACGUACCUGCUGCAGCUUCGCGACGUUUCGUUCCCGGUGCGGCUGCGCGAGUACAUGAAGGUGGCCUGCGACCGCUCGCCCGCCUACUACAUCAGCGUGCACGACGUGUACGAUCCCCGGACGCCGAUUAUCCGCGAGCGACGCCGCUUCACGGACAUUAUGGACGAGGAAAUCGACGACGAACGGCGAGAGCGCAUCAACAACUACGGCUCCGACAGCUACACUACGCGCCGCCUACGGCACGAGCUCGGCACCCGCCUCGACAGCUACGCGGAGGCGCAGGCCUUCAUGGAGUCCAAGAAGGACGGCCAGCUGCCGUUCUUCCGCGAGAAACCGCAGAUCCUACCAAUCCGCGAAGGCGAAAACGUCCAACUGUCCUGCUACGCCGUAGGAGAUCCGAAGCCGGUGAUCCAAUGGUUUAAAAACGACAUGGUCCUGGCCGAGGGACAACGCAUCAAGAUAAUCGAGGACGACGAUGGCAGAUCCACGCUAAAGUUCGAGCCUGCGAUGCAUCACGACAUAGGUUUUUACAAAGUGGUCGCUAGAAACAAGGUCGGACAAACUGUUGCGAGGACGAGGAUCGUAGAAGCGAGCACUCCGGAUGCUCCAGACAGCCCCACCGCCGCUGACACGUCAGACACUGAGGUGUUACUCAGAUGGAAGCAGCCCAAGUACGACGGAAAUUCGCCCGUCGUCUGCUACAGUCUCCAGUACAAAGAAGGCGAUAGCGUUGAAUGGAAGGACGCAGCCAAUAAUAUCGACCAUGAAUUCUUCGUAGUCAGAAAUCUUAAGCCAGACACUAGUUAUCAAUUUAGACUGUCUUCCCGCAACCGAAUCGGAUGGAGCGAUAAGGGUAUACCGACUAAUCUAAUAAAAACUAAAGUAGCCGGCGCGACGAGAAUCGAAGUUACAAAAGCUAUGACGCAUCUGCAGCAACUUACGGAAUCAGGCCAAGAAAUAGUUCUCGACGAGGAGAGACCAAAAUUGAAUUAUAACACAGAGAAUAGCCCAAUCGACUGGGACACAUCCGACGCAUUCACAGAACGAUACAGCUUCAUAUCAGAAUUAUGGCGCGGAAAGUUUUCGAUAAUUGUAAAGGGCGUCGACAAGAAAAACGACAGUGUAGUCGUAUCCAAAAUAUUAGAAAACCGACCAGAGACUGAAGUGCAGGUGCAGAGGGAAUUCGAAUGUUUAAGAAGGCUAAGGCACGAGAGGAUAUCCAACUUAUUGGCCGCGUACCAGGCGCCUGGCUCACCAGUGACCGCUCUCAUCAUGGAGAAGCUCCAGGGUGCUGACAUCCUGACGUACCUCUCUAGUCGUCACGACUAUACAGAACAAAUGGUAUCGACCAUCGUGAUACAGAUCCUCGAUGGCUUGCAGUACUUGCACUGGCGAGGUUACUGCCACCUCGAUCUGCAGCCCGACAACGUGGUAAUGGCAUCGGUCAGAUCCAUCCAGGUCAAGCUGAUCGACUUUGGGUCGGCGCACAAAGUCACUAAGCUAGGAACCAGCGUGCCACAAGUUGGCGAAUUAGAAUACAAAGCGCCAGAGAUAAUAAACGACGAGCCAGCGUACCCGCAGACGGACAUCUGGUCGCUGGGCGUGCUCACGUACAUCAUGCUAUCCGGCGUGUCGCCCUUCCGCGGCGAAAACGACGCCGAGACCAAGCUCAACAUCUCCUUCGUCCGGUACCGCUUCGAGCACCUCUACAAAGAGAUUACACAGGAGGCGACCCGCUUCCUCAUGUUCCUGUUCAAGAAGGUACCGCUAAAGAGACCGACGGCGGAGGAGUGCCACGAGCACCGCUGGCUCACGCAGAGCGACUUUAUGAACAAGAAACGAGAGAGAGCCGUAUUCCUGGGCAACAGACUGAAGGAAUUCUCGGACGAGUACCACGAGAAGAAGGCCCGCGAGGCAUCACAGGCGGACACGGUGUCGGCCGCGUUCGGUCAGACGCGCCACCUCAUGCGAUCCAACAGCAUACAGGAGGAACUGUUCACCACUUUCGCCAGCCACUGACACCACCUCCACGCAUGUGGUACACACUUGGAACAUACACUGGGAACACCUAUAACCAAAUAGAGUGCAUAGAUUUAAUGCCAAUAAAAUUCAAUUGGAAAUUGGUCACGUCUUCGAUUCGAUGUCGUUGCUAAGUCUGAGAGAGAUAGCGAAUAAAUGUUUAGGAUCUCUUUUUAUCUUCGAACGAGAUAGCAUGCGUUUGUACGAGGUAAUUUUUGUCUCAAUCAUGUAUUAACAAUGUCUCUAUUUGGUUUUAAGUUUCUCAAUCAAGUCUAAUUCAGAUGAUUAGUGUUUUACUGAUCAUUGAAUUAAGUCUUAUGUUUCGGAUUUUAGAGAUCAGGUAUGGGGUCGAAAGAAAUUCAAAUAUUGUAAAUGUGACGACUUGAAGGGACUGUGAUUUUAAAGAAUGUAUAUUAAUUCAUAAAUGUAUGGGACGAGUGAUAGUUUUACAUCGGAAGGAAUUUAGAUACUAUUAUUAUUAAGGGUGGGUCAUAUCUGGCAAUAUCUAUAAAUUGUAGUUACAAUAUCUAUACAUAUAUUGGCCCAAUAACAGAUAUAUUAGAUAUCGAUUAUCGAAUAUUUAAAUAUCGAAAAGAAAUAUCCUAAAGAAUAUAGAUAUCCAACUGAUAUGGACGAUAUCGCAAUAUGUGGUAUUCAAUGUUUAGAACUCGAUAUAUAGAUAUCGGAUAUUACCUAUUUUAAAUUAUUAUUUUUGGCUAUGUAUAUACAGCUAUAAAUUGUAUAAAAAGCUACCAAACGUUUAGAAAAAUAAACAAUUCUGAAAAAUAUUUUUUAAUGACCAUAAUAUUUUUCUUUUGAUUUUACCAAUUAAAAAUUAUAUAAUCUAAAUUCAAAUUAUAAAUCAAUAUAGCAGUAUGUUCCAAGUGUCUACCAUAAAUAAGCCCCCUAUACCAUUUUUCACAGUUCAUACACAUUUUGUAUCGCCAAACGAAAUUCUAGUCAUAAAGAAAUUUUGUUACGAAGGUUUUUGUUAUUUAUUAAGCUAUUUAUUGUAUACAAAUUUUUACUAUGUAUUUAUACUAAUUGGUACAACUUGAUGCUCCAGUAUUAAUAUAGUUAAUAAAGAGAAUUGAGUUGACA